AGCUCGCUUGAGCUCCCGCUAACUUUCCCUCCGGGCGGGCGGAGCGGGGCAGGCGGAUGGAGGCUGCGCUGUCCCCGGCGGGCUGUGUGACCAGGGGGCGGCGGCGGGGACGAUGAAGAAGCAGCCGCAGCAGUACAGCAGCAGGGGCUGCCAGGAGCCCCGGCCACAUGUGGCCCCCUCAGCUGGAGGGGGGCCCGGGCAGGGGGGUGCCUGGAGGAGGCGGCGGCCCCUCUCGCUGCUGCCUUUCCUCUCGCUCCGCGACUACGGCUUCUGCAUGGCCGCCCUGCUGCUCUUCUGCCUGGGCUCCCUCUUCUACCAGCUCAACGGGGGACCCCCGCACUUUCUGCUGGACCUGAGACACUAUCUAGGAAAUUCCACUUACUUGGAUGACCAUGGACCACCCCCACGCAAGGUACUUCCUUUCCCUAGCCAAGUGGUGUACAACAGAGUUGGAAAGUGUGGGAGUCGAACUGUGGUUUUGCUUUUGAGAAUCUUGUCAGAGAGGCAUGGGUUCAACCUGGUUACAUCAGACAUUCAUAACAAAACCAGACUGACCAAAAAUGAACAGAUGGAAUUGAUUAAAAACAUAAGCACUGCUGAGCAGCCCUAUUUAUUCACCAGACACGUUCAUUUCCUCAACUUUUCAAGGUUUGGAGGAGAACAGCCAGUGUACAUCAAUAUUAUUAGGGAUCCUGUCAACCGAUUUUUAUCCAACUAUUUUUUCCGUCGAUUUGGAGACUGGAGAGGGGAGCAGAAUCAUAUGAUCCGCACCCCAAGUAUGAGGCAAGAAGAAAGAUAUCUAGAUAUUAAUGUAUGUGUUCUUGAAAACUACCCUGAAUGUUCCAAUCCCAGGUUAUUUUACAUCAUACCGUAUUUCUGUGGACAGCAUCCAAGAUGCAGGGAGCCUGGGGAAUGGGCCCUCGAAAGAGCAAAACUGAACGUGAAUGAAAAUUUCCUGCUUGUGGGGAUUCUGGAAGAGCUAGAGGAUGUGCUGCUUUUACUGGAAAGAUUCUUACCUCAUUAUUUCAAGGAUGUGCUCAGCGUCUACAAAAACCCAGAACAUAGGAAACUUGGCAAUCUGACUGUGACAGUGAAAAAGACCAUCCCUUCUCCAGAAGCUAUACAGAUCCUCUACCAGCGCAUGAGAUAUGAAUAUGAGUUCUACUACUAUGUCAAAGAGCAGUUUCACCUGCUAAAGCGCAAAUUCGGACUUAAGUCUCAUAGCAGUGAACCACCUCCCAAGCCAGAAUUCUUUAUUCCUUCUCCCCUGGAAACUGAAGAACCGAUAGAUGAUGAGGAGCAAGAUGAUGAAAAGUGGUUAGAAGAUAUCUAUAAAAGGUGAUGCAAGCACCGAGCUCUCCUCUGGUGACCCCUCCAGCUUUCUCAAUAUUUUUUUAUUAUUAAAAAAAAUAUUCCUUAAGGGACUGAGUUAAUGCGCAGCAGCAUUUAAAACAAAAAAAGGUUCCCACAUGUUGGGACAAUUGAGAGACACCCGGUUUUGCGGGUUAUAUUUGUUUAAUUUUAUUAUAUUUUUCUUGACUCCAUAGGAUCCUUUAUAUGACAGAUUUUAAGAUGGAACCAUCUGUCAUCUCAUCACAAAAUAACUUUUGCACAGUAAAAUGCUGCUGUACACAUGCACCCAUUUGCAAAACAACAUAUAUUAGACAUCAUUUACCAAGUAACUUUCAUAAAAUCUCUGUCACCAGGAAGUCUUAAUACCAUGCCCGUUACUGUGGCAUUGGACAUCUGACGUCAUUUAUAAGCUAGUAGGGAUACCACUGGAGCAUAGUAACAACCUCUGAAUAGCAAGCAAAUAUAAACGGUUAUAUGACCCAGAGCCAUUGUUACAACACGUAACUAUAUUGGACUCAAAACAGAGUAGAGAGUCUCCCCUGGGGGGCUUCCAGUGAGAGGACUACAAUGCACACUUCAAGCAGAUUAUAUCAGGUGAAAUAAAACAGGUUAAAGAACCCAGUUAACUAGAAGGGUUCACAGAGUCAAAAUGGAAAAAAUUAUCAGUGAAGUUGAAUGAUUGAGAUGAAUGGGUAGAUGGAAAGCCAAAGGGACAGUAUUGUGUGGUCUUGGGAUUUUGCUUCUGCAGCUGAGAAUGUUGCUCUUAGGCCCUGGAGGAAGAGGUGUGGUGCGUAGUUUUUAUUUUAAAGAAAAAAAGUAUACUAUUGUCGUUCCUACCCUGGGACACAGACCCAAAAUUAUACAUAGAAGUUAUUCAUGCAAGAAACUCUUUCCUUUAGUAUGAACAACAUUUCUAUAACCUCAGUUCUGUGAGUCUUCAUAUCUCAUGCAAAUAAUUAACAGAAUUAAGGUGAAAUACAGGUGAGGACACCAAAUUUGGGUGGAAGUAAAGUAAACGUGAUUUUAAAAUGAGGGAUGUUUUUUAUAAUAAGAGACAUUGACAGGUAUGACUGACAUCUUACAUACUGCAUAAUGAUAAAAUAAAACAACAACAAAAAUAUCAAUGUAGCAUCAAAAAACCAAAACACAUUCAAUGGUAUAUUGAUAUGAACAACACUGAAAGUUUAAGUAUUGUUAUCAGGAAACACUAAAAAGUGGAGUGAAUGGGACUGGGUGAUGAAAUGGGGACAGUUCCAUUUAAGGUAUCCCCAGGAUUUCUGGUACGGUUUUGUGAUAUUUAGGGCUUGAAUUUAACUUGGACAACAUGCCCAUACGAGCCAGUAAGUAUCUAGUUUGCACUCCUAAACAGACUACUCCAAUCUUGGGUCCAUGCACAUAGGAGUAAGCAGAGCUACUUCCUGUUUGCUCCCUUCCUGGAACCAAGUGAGUGAGGGAUGGGUGGAGUCUUGGCUUCGCAUGCACACUCGCUUGUCAGUAUGGCGUGAGCAGGGGUAAACUACUAGCGCAUAGACCAAGGAAGAAGUGCAGGAGGAAUUGUGGCUCUGAGGGGUGUCUCUACAUCACAAUGCCUCCCUACAUCACUUCUGCAGUGGUACAACAUGUGCACCACACCUUGCACGGGGCUGUGCCUAUAUUCACAAUUUAAUACUUGCUAGAUUUCUUCUAGGCCAGUGGUUUUCAACCUUUUUCCAUUUGAGGACCCCUAAAAAUUUUCAAAUGGAGUUGCAAACCCCUUUGGAAAUCUUAGACAUAGUCUGCAAACUUCCAGGGGUCUGCAGACCAAAGGUUGAAAAUUACUGUUCUAGGCAAUUUUGGCUGGUCUCUUUGGUAAUUGCUUCAGGGGAGUUUCACUGUCUAUGUAUAGUCUGCAAAAUGGACCUUCAUUUGGAAGUAAAAAGCAAAAGUUAUUUUGUGAUUGAGGUACGUGUACAGGCCCAAGCUAUGAAGUGCUUUCCAGAGGCUUCCCCUUCCAUGAGCCUGCAGGGAGCCAAAAUAUAUGGUGGACCAUCUUGAUCAUCUAAAUGGUCUUUAUUAUACUCGUCCGCAGAGAACAGAAGUAAAGAAGCAUAACUGUGCUAAGACAUGAUAAUUUGCAGAAAAUAUUACAGGGGGGAAUUUUAUUCUCACUCCUUACAUCCCAGUUGUGUGGUACCAAUGCACUACUGUGAAGGAAGGCAUUAAAGAAAGCUGCAAGUGGCAUAGAUAACAAUUAACAUAGUCACUAAAAUAUGAAUCUGCUGCAUUGUAUAUUUUAAGUGGUUUCUAUGAAAUUACAUUGAAAGAGUAAUGAUUAGUUUACACACUGUGGAAUUGUUAUAUUUUGGAAAGACAAUUAAUGUUCUCAUCUUUUUAAAACAAAUUCUGUUCGAGUCCUUUCACAAGUGUCAUAGCAGAAUAAUCAGUCACUUAACUCAUUCACCCUUCCUGCAAAUUCACUUCCGCUUACUGUAGACAUUUCAGUCUAUUUUUAUCUUAAUUUAAUGAUAUCUUCAGCCCUGAUUACUUUAUAACCUAAACACAAAAACUGGUACGUGAUUUAUUCUCUGGGUUUUAAUGUUGUAUUUUUCCUAACAAUUGACCUGGCCUCUUCUCCCUGAAUGGUAACUUCAUGAAUGUGUUUGGCACAUAAACGUCUACAAUUCCUGACCCAACAGUCCCUUUGUCUGUCAUGAAAUGUUUUAUAUUUUACUUUAAUGUUUAAAAAGUACAUUUUAAGCUGGUUAAUCUUUGACUUAUUUAUUAUAACUUUCCAGCACAUUCCAAAUUCUAAGUUGCUCAGGAAGGAGUUGAUUUAAAUGGUUUUAUUUUGGUCCGAUGGAUUUUUUUUUUUUUAAACAAAAAUCACUGUUAUAAACCUUUAGCCCACUACAGCUUUGCAGUAAGUGCCGUAUAUGCACUUGUAAAUCUUGCGGGAGGGGGCGGGUGUGUACUUGAUAAAAAUAAGAAAACAUAUCUGUACAUUAGCUUAGCUUUAAAUGAAAGGAAUCUUUGUUUGGUAUGAAAUAUUCUUUAACUUAUUCACUACCCUCUCUGAGAUUCUGAAAUAUAAAAAACCCGUGUGGGAGGGUGGGGGGAGGUUUUGUUUAUUGGGAUGUUUUUGUUUUUAACUCCAGUGAUGUUUGAAAAUACAGCUUGUGCUGUUCUACUCUGCCUCGCCAUAUCCUGUUUGGUUCCUUCUCAUCAUAGCCUGUUUGGAUACCCAGGUUUUCCUUAUCUGGAUGUAAUGCCAAUGGAUGGCACUUCAUCUGGAAUCUCACCCUCUGGAGCUUUCUUUUAUACAGCAUAAUUUAUUAUCUAAAAGGCCAUACUGCAACAGUGAGAUUCAGGCAGGUUGUUUCUGGGUGGUUAUUCUACAUCUUGAAUUGCCUUGAGGUACAAGGCCAAAGACUCAGUUACUUUAACCACCUGAUAAGUGUCGUAAAUAUCCAGAGAUGCACUGCCUGGUGUGCUUUAUUGCUGUGAAGUGGAACUUAUUUUUAUGUACAAAGGGAAACAGCUUCGAUCCAUACACUGCAUUUUACUAGAUAUUCUAGACAUAGGUAAGAUUAUAUUUGAUACCCAGGCUAAAAAGCUCCAAUUGUUUCCAGAGUCUAAAGCCAUUUUAAAAUGUAAAAAAUCACCAGUGGCAGUGCUGUCAUACUAAACAGAAAAUAAACCAUUGUUAUGGUGCAACAUUCUGGGGGGGGAAAUAAACUUUAGUUAUAAAUUUCAAGUGAUCGUGAUGAUAGUGGUGCAUGUUUGUUACUGUUUCUCUUCCAUGUGCAUGGCUGCAUCAGAACAUCUAAAAUGCAUGAGGACGAGGAGUAGCUCAAGAUAACUGAACAUGUAUAAAGUGAAUGGUACAUUUGGAGUAUUUCAAUUUGUUUUAAGUUCUUUGUCCCUGAUCUUUGUGAUGAAUUGCUUUGGUUUUGUUGUAUAGUUUGAUGAUCAGUGCCAUAAAAACGUUAAACGGAGUGAUAAAAUUCAACCAUUGGUGAAUAAAUCUUCAGGUUCUAGUUGCUAAAAGCCAUUGAAGUCUGACUCCUAUCAGUAUUUAUUACAGUAAAAUUAGUUUUUAAAGGGAGGGCACACUAUUUGUACUGAUAGGGGAAACCAGGUUGAAUGGCAUUUGUACACUCAAACAAAAAAAAAAAAUCUAUUGUCCACCAAAAUGUAAUUUAAAAACAAUAAGUUUAAAUCCUAUACAAAAUAAA